AUGAGGCUGGCAAAGAAGGGAUUGCUAGAGCACCUAGACGCUAUGAAGGCCCCAGAAGAAGGAGACGCAAGCGCGUCAACUUGGAAAGUCAACGACAUGAAGGCCUUCGCGAUUGUGUCCACAAUGAUCAGCACAAAUCUUCAGUCAAUGGUGCGCACGGCAGAGACAACGGCAAAAGCAUGGGACAUACUGAAGACUUUCUUCCUGCGGCAAAGUAUGCACAAUCGUGUGCAGUUGCGGCGGCAACUACAUGAGUUCAAGUUGGCCAAGGGAGGAAGCAUCAUGGAUCACUUCCUGAGAUUUGACGAGCUGUGCAUGACUAUGCAAGCUGUGGGACAAGAGAUCUCACAGGAUGAGCAUUUGGUCAUCCUAUUGGGUAGUCUAACGAGAGACUAUGACCCUAUCGUCAAGAUAAUUGAGAACAUGCCCGGAAUGACACUGUUUCACGCUAAGGAAAUGCUGAGACGGGAGUACGAUGGAAUGGCGAGGACAGAACACCAAGAAAUCGCACUGAAAAGUACGCACACUUCCAAGUACAAGAAAGGUCCGCGCAGACAUAUGGGGAGAUCAAGUUCAAGAGGUGAAAAGUUUUCGGGAAGGUGUUACCGAUGUAACAAAUAUGGGCACAAGCGUCAAGAUUGCAAGGCUGAACAAGUGGAGACAGAGCGAUCUGGAGAAGAGAGAGCAUUUACUGCGUCAAGUCGGACGUCAGCUGGAUGGUUAUUGGACAGUGGGGCAAGCAGCCACAUGUGUCCCGACAGAAAUGAGUUUUCGAAUUUAAACUCACUGACGGACCCGAUCAUGAUCACCAUAGCAGACGGCAGCGAAGUGGAAGCGCAAGGUGUUGGGACAGUGCGCGUGCAACUCAAGACUGGUGAAGUGAUCAGGAUCGAAGAAACGCUAUGGGUGCCGGGCCUAGACCGAAGGCUACUGUCAAUAUCGGCAUUGUCAAAGAGGGGUCUACAAGUGAUCUUCUCAGAUCUGAGCUGUCAGAUCAGAAGUAACACGGAAGUCGUUGCCCAAAUACCAAGACGAAACAAGAUGUACGUCUUAGAGUGCAGUCCGGCUGAGGUAGCCAACGUUUGCGGAGAGACAUCUCAAGAGCAAGAAUCAAGUGACGGAUCAGGAGCGGCUGAUCUACAAGUGUGGCAUGCAAGAUUAGGUCACCUGUCAACGAAGAUGCUCAAGGGUAUGGCAGGUUGCGUCAAUGGAUUAAAGAUCAAGAAGAAUCAAGGCGUUGAAGAUGAUAUCGAGAUCUGCGAAGGGUGCAUCAUGGGUAAAGCAACCGUCAAGACGUUUCCGAAGUCACCAUACGGACACGUGAAAACCAAGGGAGGUGUUGCAGUUGGUCCACAGUGA